UCACACACAUCACCGAAAGGAGUCGUAAUCGAUCGGACUACGUGAACGACUCCAUUUGGUGUAGCAUCACUUGAUCGUUUGUAUCAUAUUUUCUCCUGAAAAUUGUGUGGUUCUGUGUUCCUUGAGCGAAAAUGGUGAAGAUGGAGCAUGAUGAUGGUAAGAAUGAACCUGAACAUGUUCGGAAAUUAUUCAUUGGGGGCCUAGAUUAUAGAACAACAGAUGAUUCAUUGAAAAAGCAUUUUGAGCAAUGGGGUGAAAUCGUAGAUGUAGUUGUUAUGAAAGAUCCUAAAACCAAACGCUCCAGGGGGUUUGGUUUUAUUACUUAUUCACGUGCUCAUAUGGUAGAUGAUGCUCAAAAUGCAAGACCACAUAGAGUUGAUGGUCGUGUAGUAGAACCUAAAAGAGCUGUACCAAGACAGGAAAUUGGUACACCUAAAGCUGUAACAGUAAAGAAAUUAUUUGUCGGUGCUUUAAAGGAUGAUCACGAAGAAGAGGAUCUUAGACAGUAUUUCCAAAGUUAUGGAAGUAUAAAUUCAAUUAGCAUUGUUACAGACAAAGAAACAGGGAAAAAACGUGGAUUUGGUUUUGUUGAGUUUGAUGAUUAUGAUCCUGUUGAUAAAAUUUGCCUUCAGCGUAAUCAUCAGAUACGUGGAAAACAAGUUGAUGUAAAAAAGGCUUUGAGUAGAGCAGAAAUGGCAUCUGCUAGUGGUGGAGAUGGUGGUGGUGGUGGUGGAAGCAGAGGAGGACAAGGUGUUGGAAGAGGACCACGUGGUGGAAAUCAGGGUGGAGGUAAUUGGGGAGGCCGAGGAAGUGGUGGAGGUGGUGGAGAUUGGAAUAAUGGUGGUAAUCAAGGUGGUUAUGGUGGAGGUAAUCAAGGAGGUUGGGGAGGUAACGGCCCAUGGGAAAACCAGAAUCAAGGUAAAGGUGGAGGAUGGGGUGGUCAAGGUGGUCAAGGUGGUUACAACAGUGGUGGAAAUUGGAGUAAUGAUAAUUUUGGAGGAGGAUAUCAACAAGGCUAUGGUGGAGGACCAGUGCGAAAUAAUUUCAACUCUGGAGGCAGACCAGCACCCUACGGUAUUAAUAUGGGUCCUAGUGGCCGACAGUCUGGAGACUCGAGAUGGCUACCGCCCUUUGGUGGACAAGGUCCUAUGGGUGGAGGUAAUUCGGGAGGUGGUGGAGGUUAUGGAAAUCAAGGAGGCUAUGGUGGCAAUUCUCUUGGCGGUGGAAAUAUGGGUGGCGGCGGAGGCGGAGGCGGUGGUAGAAGAUACUAAAAUUUCUGUCACAACUAGCUCUCUCAUUCAUUCUCCCUCACAUGACCGCAUCGUGCCUCUUUCCGCUACUCCCCAGAGUCAACCGUCGUUGGAGGUAAGUUAAAGUAAGUUGUAAUUAAUUAUUAAUCAAUUAAUUAAUUAAUUUUAAGCAAUAUAGAUAAUAAUAACAUUUUCCAAGUUACGCGAAAGUUUAAUCUGUUUUAUGGUACUAGUUUUUAAUACUUAUACGGAUUGUACAUAUUGAAAUAACAAUUAAAUAUAUAAACUAUUUUUCUAAUUUAUGUAUAUAUUUUUGAUGAAAAUAUUUCGUAGUUAAAUUUUGACAUACGUAAUUUAAUUAGAUUUUUUUUCUUUAUCUGUAACUCCAUAAAACAGAUUUUUUUUACUAACAUUUACUCUUAAUCU